AUUCUCCCGGAGCACCCCUCUUCCCGAGGAAGCGCGUCACGUGAUGCGGCCUCACCCAAUCGGCGCAUCGGCCGCGGGGGUCGCCGCGGUUCCCGCCAAAUACGAGCGCGGCGGCCGCGGUAGCAGCGGCGCGGGCGGGAGGGCGAGCAGCAGCGGCCGCCUCAGCGGAGCCCGCGCCUCCUCCGCCUGAGGGGAGUUCGAGACGCUGCCGGGACAAUGCUGGAGGAGCCGGAGUGCGGGGCGCCAGGCGCCCGGGGAGCCGCUGCAGCCAUGGAUUGCAAAGACAGACCAGCUUUUCCAGUCAAGAAGUUAAUACAAGCCCGUCUGCCUUUCAAGCGCCUGAAUCUUGUCCCAAAGGAGAAAACCGACUUCGGGUUGGACAAUACCGGAGGUUCUCAGAGUGCUCCUGUGCAGAGUCAAGUCCCCGAUUUAGAAACCUCUUUGGAACACUUGGAGAACAACUGUCACAUGGGUUCCGACAUAGAUUUUAGCCCAAAACUUGUCAAUGGGAAGGGUCCCUUAGAUAGCUUUUUAAGAAGUCAAGUUGAAACCAGUGUUGACCAGAGCGUGGUCAUAAUCGAUUUGUCGGAAGACUCAAGUGACCCACCAGACAGCACUGCGGGCCACAGUAAACUAAAUUCUGCAGCCUUUCCCUCUCAGGAGAAUGUAAAUGGAGUCACAGAAGAAGCUGGAGAUGACAGGGGGCUGCCAAAGGCCAGUCAGAAGGACAGGCUGGCAUUUCCUGAAGAGGCCCUUUCAGCCAUUCCUUGCGAAGCAGAGGAGAGGGACAUUGACUCAGGGGGCGCAGAGAGGAGUGAACUCGUGCAGAAGGCCUCACCCCAGUGCUGCCCAGAGCUGCCAGGUGGUCUAAGAACACACUCCAAGAAGGAACAGGAUGGCUGGAGUGGAGCCGGGGGCAUCCUCUUCAAAGGGAAGGUGCCCGUGGUUGUCUUGCAGGACAUCCUGGCCGACAAACUCCCAGCCAAGUCUGCCGAGACACCUCUGGGCCAGGGUGUGCCAUCCGAGGGCGAGAUGCUGGAGUCCAGCCCCGAGGAGGACUCUGUCCUGAGCCAUUCGUCCCUGAGCUCCUCCUCUCCUACCAGCUCGCCUGAGGGGCAGUCUGCUCCCACAAAGCGCAGCAGCCCCAGCCCCCUCCCCACCUCCACACCCAUCCGCCGAAUGAGUAAGAAAUUGGUCAAAGGAUCCGCGGAGAAGAACAAGAUGAGACUUCAAAGAGAUAAGGAACGUCUGGGCAAGCAGCUAAAGCUCCGGGCUGAGAAGGAAGAGAAGGAGAAGCUGAGGGAGGAGGCCAAGCGGGCCAAGGAGGAGGCCAAAAAGAAGAAAGAGGAGGAGAAGGAACUGAAGGAGAGGGAGCGGCGGGAGAAGCGAGAGAAGGAUGAGAAGGAGAAGGCAGAGAAGCAGCGGCGCAAGGAGGAGCGGCGCAAGGAGCGCCAAGAGGCCCUGGAGGCUAAGCUGGAGGAGAAGCGGAAAAAAGAAGAGGAGAAACGGUUGAAAGAAGAAGAAAAGCGCAUUAAAGCAGAGAAGGCUGAAAUCACAAGGUUCUUUCAGAAACCAAAGACUCCACAGGCCCCCAAGACCCUGGCUGGUUCCUGUGGGAAGUUUGCCCCUUUUGAAAUUAAAGAGCACAUGGUCCUCGCCCCUCGCUGUCGUACCACCUUCGACCAAGACCUCUGUGAUCAAUUAGACCAGCUCCUCCAGCAGCAGAGUGGUGAAUUCUCCUUCCUGAAAGAUCUGAAAGGCCGACAGCCCCUGAGGUCUGGACCCACAGUGGUUUCUAACCGGAACACAGACCUCUCUAACAGUGACGUGGUGAUCGUGGAGAGCGGCAAAGUGGAUGGUGUUCCCGAAAGGAGGAAGUUUGGCAGGAUGAAGCUCCUGCAGUUUUCCGAGAAUCACCGACCAGCAUACUGGGGGACAUGGAACAAGAAGACGACGGUCAUCCACCCGAGGGACCCCUGGGCCCAGGACAGGAACCUCCUUGACUAUGAAGUGGACAGUGACGAAGAGUGGGAAGAGGAGGAGCCAGGGGAGUCCCUCUCCCACAGCGAAGGGGAUGAUGACGAUGAUGUGGGAGAGGAUGAAGAUGAGGACGACGGUUUCUUUGUGCCCCAUGGGUACCUUUCUGAGGAUGAAGGGGUAACUGAGGAAUGUGCCGACCCGGAGAACCACAAGGUUCGCCAGAAACUGAAGGCCAAGGAGUGGGACGAGUUCCUGGCCAAAGGAAAGAGGUUCCGCGUCCUCCAGCCCGUGAAGAUCGGCUGCAUCUGGGCAUCCAACAAGGAUGGUGGCGCUGAUCUGAAGGUGCUGCAGCAGUUCACAGCCUGCCUUCUGGAGAGUGUCCCUUCCGAGGAGGAGCAGACGCCCAAGGCCUCCAAGAGGGAGAAGAGGGACCAGCAGAUCCUGGCCCAGCUGCUCCCGCUGCUGCAUGGGAACGUGAAUGGGAGCAAAGUCAUCAUCCGGGAGUUCCAGGAGUGCUGCCGCCGAGGACUGCUCAGCAAGGACUCCAGCAGCCCUGAGCGCACCUCCGCCAGCCCCCCAAGCCCCGGCCCUUCCCGCCCACAGACCCCCACUGCCGGCGAGGACACUACCAUCCCCUCCAAGGCCAGGCUCAAGCGGAUUAUUUCUGAGAACUCGGUGUAUGAGAAGAGGCCUGACUACAGGAUGUGCUGGUACGUCCACCCACAGGUGCUGAAGAGCUUUGCCCAGGAGCACCUGCCCGUGCCCUGCCAGUGGAGUUAUGUUACCACAGUGCCCUCGGCCACCAGGGAGGACAGUGGCAGCGUCCCCACUCCAGGGCCCAGCCAGGGGAUGCCCAUCUCACUGAAGAGGAAGUCAGCGGGCAGCAUGUGCAUCACCCAGUUCAUGAAGAAGCGUAGGCACGACGGGCAGGUCGGAGCUGGAGACCUAGACGGCUUCCAAGCAGACACAGAGGAGGAGGAGGAGGAGGAAGGCGACUGUGUGAUCAUGGACAUCUCAGAUGUUGGGGACAUCCAGGCCACGUGUGGAACCACUUCUGGAGCUGGGGGGUCUGUGGCAAUGGACACCAGUGAGAGCCUUGUGGCCUCCAGCUCACUCAGCCCUUCCUGAGCACCAGGACUGGCCUGUGUAUGUAUGUAGAAUGGUUAGGGUAUUCUCAGAUACUUGAAAGUCCUGAUUCCUAUUGUAAAGAGCACUUUGUCCUGCUUCACAGACCUCCCUGGAGGUUUGGAAAGUUUUAUAUAGGAUGCUUGAUUAGUUCUUUUUGAUAUUUGUAAAAAUCUUCCCCAAAAGCUGCAUAUUAAUCUGCCCUUUAAUAAAGCAUUAUUGUGAUGUGAUGACCUGCACAGGGAAAGCCUGGUUGUGCCCUGGACCCCUGGCAGGUGCUGUGACAAAACUCUUGUAAAUGAAUUGAAGCCCCACAGGUGCGGCGUGGCACCGUACCUGACAUGGAUGUGUAUAAACUAUUGUCUAGCCUGA